AAAAUUGGCAAGCUUAGCGACGGAUAUUUCGAAUAAAAAUAGCGUCCAAGAUGCAAGACUGUCGCUACCCUCUUAAAUAUACGAGACUCCACUGGCAGGGUAUUGUUUGACAGGUCGUUGGAAUGUCAGAGCUUUGUUUUUUGAUCAGAGUUUGUAUUUGCAAAUAAUGGCAAAUUUAACAUUAGGAGUUUGGAGUACUUCAGCUGGCCUAAAACGUAUUAAAUUAUCCAAUAUAGACUUAGAAAAUAAGGUACAAGUUUUUAGAAUUCAAGCUUUGCAAGUGUUGACGAACGUGCGAGGAAAUAUAGAAUUAUCGUAUUGCGGUCUAAUUUUAGAAGAUGAAAAUAAAUUGUCAUCCUAUGGAAUUACGGAUGGCGUUACGAUUCACGUUUUGGAAAAAUACGAACCCAAACCGCAACUAAAAACUGAAUCGAAAAUCACUCCUACGGAACUUAUUCACGGCUUUAGGACUCUCGGUUUGUUUCCUAACUAUAGGUAUGCAUUGCAAAGGCUCACAAGACCAGAUGUCGUCGAUACAAUACUGUCUGCAUGUCCAGAACUAUAUGAUGAUCCAGCUGCUAUAGGUUUAAUCCAAGAUCCAGAACUGAUUUAUUUUUUAUCAAAUCCUGAACACGCGUCUGAAAUGAUUGAAAAGCAUCCCGUGCUACUCACAGCUGGAAGUCAUAUUCUUGCACAGGUUCGCGAAGAACAAGCUAGCUUGAAUCCCAAUGCACCCAGUACUAGUACAGGUUAUUCAUACUCUUUAGAUGCACUUUCAGAUGAUGAUGAAGAAAUGGACUCCUCCGAUAACACCUUCUCCCAAAAUCCUCUUACCAGAAACACCUCAUUCAAUGCUAUAACAGCAGCACAAUUGGCAGCAGCAAUUGCCAAUGCUACAGACACGCAAUUUAACACAAACAGCGCCGGAAUACCGACGGCAUCUCACUCCUCUUCCAACAUUAUCACCUCCGAGAUGUUCUCCAAUGCCAUCCAGCAAGCCAUCAACUUCGGGGGUAGUCGAGGAACUCCCACAGGGAACGCGCCACCCAGGGUGGAAGAGGAGAAUUUCGAGAGCUUGAGCCAGCAGUGGCAAGCACAGCUCAAACAGAUGCAUGAAAUGGGACUGAUCGAUGAUACUGUCAAUAUUAGAGCUUUGAGGGCUGUUAACGGCGAUGUGAAUGCUGCUAUUGAACUGGUUUUGGGUUUGAAUGAAAUGAAUUAGAGUUGCGCUUCAUUUAUAUUUUAUUUAUAUUAAAAGAAAUUUGGUUAGAA